UCACCAUGAAGUUCCAAGCUGCCGUCCUCUCUUUAUUCGCUGCCUCCGCUAUGGCCAUCCACGUUGAGCAAGCUUUGCUCAACACCGACAACAUGGUUCUCCUCAUGGAUGACGGUGAACACUUUGAAUUCCCAGAGGCUGCUGUCAUUGAAGAAGAUGAACAAAUCAUGAAGAAGAGCACUUCCACCAAGGCCGCUAAGAAGACUACUGUUGCUUCUGCUGCUCCUUCCACCACUGUUAAGAAGGAAAGGACCACCUCCGUCGCUUCUUCCUCCUCUGCUACCAAGACCGGUUCUUCCUCUUCUGCCACCAAGACCAAGUCCAAGUCUCACACUGCUUCUGUCACCAAGACUAACGGUGGUGCCCAGGUUGCUGGUUCCGUUGCUGCCCCAUUGGCCUUGAUUGCUGGUUUGCUUCUCUAAGCUACAGGCUACAUAGUUUAACUUAUGCUUAAUUGUAAUGAUACAUUUUUUGUUCUA